CUUCCGUUACGCCGCCGAUGUGGAGUCGGGCCGAGCGCGGAACGCGAGGAGCUGCUGGGGUGUGUGUGUCGCAGCGGGUUUUCCACGGCGGUUUGCGGAGCUGCCGGGAUGGAGCCGGUUGCGGAGGGAGCGAGUGUGACCGCAGUUCCUGUGACAGCUGCCGACAGCACUGAGGAGUUGGCCGAAGUCGAAGGAGUUGGAGUCGUGGGCGAGGAUAAUGACGCAGCCGCGAGAGGAGCGGAGGCCUUUGGCGACAGCGAGGAGGACGGCGAGGAUGUGUUCGAGGUGGAGAAGAUCCUGGACAUGAAGACCGAGGGGGGUAAAGUUCUUUACAAAGUUCGCUGGAAAGGCUAUACGUCGGAUGACGAUACCUGGGAGCCCGAGAUUCACCUGGAGGACUGUAAAGAAGUGCUUCUUGAAUUUAGGAAGAAAAUUGCAGAGAACAAAGCCAAAGCAGUCAGGAAGGAUAUUCAGAGACUGUCCUUAAAUAACGACAUAUUUGAGGCGAACUCUGAUAGCGAUCAGCAAAGUGAGACAAAAGAAGAUACUUCACCAAAGAAGAAAAAGAAAAAAUUAAGGCAGAGAGAAGAGAAGAGCCCAGAUGAUCUGAAAAAGAAAAAAGCAAAGGCCGGGAAGCUAAAAGACAAGUCCAAAUCAGACCUGGAGAGCUCCUUGGAAAGUUUAGUUUUUGAUUUAAGGACAAAGAAAAGAAUUUCUGAAGCCAAAGAAGAACUAAAGGAGUCCAAAAAGCCCAAAAAAGAUGAAGUAAAAGAAACAAAGGAAUUAAAGAAAGUUAAAAAGGGUGAAAUAAGAGAUUUAAAGACAAAAACAAGAGAAGAUCCCAAAGAAAAUAGAAAAACAAAAAAAGAAAAAUGUGUCGAAUCCCAGGUGGAGUCUGAAUCAAGUGUACUUAAUGAUUCUGCCUUUCCAGAGGAUGACAGUGAAGGGCUACAUUCCGACAGCAGAGAAGAGAAACAAAACACUAAAACUGCAAGAGAGAGAGCAGGGCAGGACACAGGGCUGGAGCAUGGCUUUGAGAAGCCGCUAGACAGCGCCAUGAGUGCUGAGGAGGAUACCGAUGUCAGAGGCAGGAGGAAGAAGACCCCGAGAAAGGCUGAGGACACUAGAGAGAGCAGGAAGCUAGAAAACAAGAACACUUUCUUAGAGAAGAAAACUGUGCCUAAAAAGCAGAGGAAUCAAGACAGAGGCAAAAGUGCUGUAGAGUCAGAGAAGCUGAUGCCUGUGUCUGCCCAAACGCCAAAGGGCUGGAGGUUGAGCGGGGAAGAGAGAGGCUUCUGGUCCACUGACUCAGCCGAGGAGGACAAAGAGACCAAAAAAACUGAAUCCAAAGAAAAAUAUCAGAAAAGGCACGAUUCUGACAAGGAAGAAAAAGGCAGAAAAGAGCCAAAAGGAUUAAAGACACUUAAGGAAAUCAGAAAUGCAUUUGAUUUAUUUAAAUUAACUCCAGAAGAAAAAAAUGAUGUUUCUGAGAAUAAUCGGAAAAGGGAAGAAAUACCACUGGAUUUUAAAACCAUAGACGAUCACAAAACCAAGGAAAACAAACAGUCACUUAAAGAGAGGAGGAACACCCGAGACGAAACGGACACUUGGGCAUACAUUGCUGCAGAAGGUGAUCAAGAGGGUUCAGACAGCGUGUGCCAAGCAGAUGAGAAUUCGGAUGGCAGGCAGCAGAUUCUGAGUUUGGGCAUGGACCUGCAGUUAGAAUGGAUGAAGUUAGAAGAUUUCCAAAAGCACCUUGAUGGGAAAGAUGAGAAUUUUGCUGCAGCAGAUGCAAUUCCAAGUAAUGUGUUAAGGGAUGCUGUAAAAAAUGGGGAUUAUAUUACUGUAAAAGUUGCACUUAAUUCAAAUGAAGAAUAUAACCUGGACCAAGAGGAUUCCAGUGGAAUGACACUGGUGAUGCUUGCCGCCGCGGGAGGGCAGGACGACCUCCUGCGACUCCUCAUAACAAAAGGCGCGAAAGUGAACGGUCGGCAGAAAAACGGGACCACUGCCCUCAUUCAUGCCGCAGAGAAGAACUUUUUAACAACAGUGGCUAUUCUUUUGGAAGCGGGAGCUUUUGUCAACGUCCAGCAGAGCAACGGUGAGACCGCACUGAUGAAGGCCUGUAAAAGAGGAAAUUCAGACAUUGUACGACUUGUGAUUGAAUGUGGAGCUGACUGCAACAUUUUGUCAAAGCACCAGAACAGUGCCCUGCACUUCGCGAAGCAGUCUAACAACGUGCUUGUGUACGACUUGCUGAAGAGUCAUUUAGAGACACUUUCAAGAGUAGCAGAAGAGACAAUAAAGGAUUACUUCGAAGCUCGCCUUGCUCUGCUGGAACCAGUGUUUCCAAUCGCAUGUCAUCGACUCUGUGAGGGGCCAGAUUUUUCAACAGAUUUCAAUUACAAACCCCCACAGAACAUACCAGAAGGCUCUGGCAUCCUGCUGUUUAUCUUCCAUGCAAACUUUUUGGGUAAAGAAGUUAUUGCUCGGCUCUGUGGACCAUGUAGUGUACAAGCUGUAGUUCUGAAUGAUAAAUUUCAACUUCCUGUUUUUCUGGACAGUCAUUUUGUUUACUCAUUCAGCCCUAUUGCAGGUCCCAAUAAACUCUUCAUAAGGUUGACAGAAGCACCCUCUGCCAAGGUUAAGUUGCUAAUAGGUGCAUACAGAGUGCAGCUGCAGUGACCAAACAGCAGGGAUUGGGUGGAGUUCUCUUCAGACCCAUUCCUACACUCUCUCUGACAGCAGUUUGGAAUUCUUCUAGCACAUCUAUGUAAAGUUUUGUCUGUAAACCUCUUGCAGUUAAGCCUGUUGUCUGUUGUAGUCUGUAAGAUGCGACAUAGCUGUGUCUGUGCCAGUAUACUGGAAUCUCAGUGCAGUGUCCAGACUGCGUAUUUCAGUUUUUCCACAAUGUGGAUAGUACAUAUGAGGAUUAUUUAAGAAAAUUAAAGACUUACUUUCUUUUUUCUGGAGACGGAGUUUUGCUCUUGUUGCCCAGGCUGGAGUGCAAUGGCACGAUCUCAGCUCACUGCAACCUCCGCCUCCUGGGUUCAAGCGAUUCUCCUUGAAAUUUCUACUAGCCCUGGUGAACUUCUG